GAGUGUCACGAAAACGAUACCAGGAAUUCGGGUUGCGGGUUCCCUACUGCUGGUGGUGGUGGUGGUGGUGGUAGCUCUGAGAAAUCCGGAAACGGACCCGGAAAUCAGGGUGCGACAACUGCUGCUGCUGGGUUCCUUCCGCGGGACGAUUUCCCACUUCUCGAUAUCGGCAGAAACGAACGCGUCGUGCAUUUCGUUUCGGGUUCGGGUGGUUCGGCAAAGAGUAAUUCGCGUGCCGAUUUCGACGGCGUCUAUUACACUACCGAUUGCGGGCUUUCGUUCUUCAAAGACACCAUGUCGAUAAAAGCAGCUGUUCUGAUUCAAAGCUGGUUCCGAAGAUGCAGAGCGAAGCUGGAAUUGAAGCGUCGGUGCGCUUGGCAAAUUUUCCAAACCUUGGAAUACGCUGGGGAACAUGAUCAGCUCAAGUUGCACGAGUUCUUCUCUGCUUUGCUGGAAAAUGCGGCGGAGUUCAAGUCUAGAAAAGAACAGCAACACGGAGACGAUUGUGACGAAGAAUCACGCGAUGCUAAUGACGGAACGAAUAAGGAGCAGUCGACGGAGACUAGAAAGGGAUCAAUGCUGAUCCCAGGAGAUAUCGCGUCGAUGACGGUGGAGGAGGACUAUGACGGACCCCGGAUAUCCUUUCCGAUGACGCAAGAGGACCUGGAUGCCCUGAUUCUCGCAUUCAAACAGGGCAAGAGACCACAUGUGCAAUACGUGUGCACGAUGAUCGUGGAAGCAGUGGAAGUGCUGAGGAAGCAGCCGACUCUGAGAGCCAUGUCCACGAGGAGGUCAAGACAGGUCACCAUUUGCGGGGACAUCCAUGGGCAGCUUGAUGACCUGCUCACCAUCUUUCAAAAGAAUGGAAUGCCGUCAGAACAGAAUCCCUACAUUUUCAACGGGGAUUUCGUGGAUCGGGGUCCUUAUUCAUUGGAAGUGCUGUUGCUGUUGUUGGCUUGCGUCGCUGUGCAUCCUGAUCACGUUUUCCUCAACAGGGGCAAUCACGAAGAUCUGGUGAUGAAUGCGAGGUACGGAUUCUUGCAGGAAAUCCAUGCCAAGUUCAGGAAUCAUGCGACGACUGUUUUGAAAUUUGUGGAAGAAGCGUAUCGUUGGCUUCCGCUCGGAACAAUUAUUGACGGGAAAAUAAUCGUUGUUCAUGGAGGAAUUUCCGACUCGACCGACUUGAAGAGAAUCAAUUCUCUCUCUAGAGAAAAGUAUGCGUCGAUUUUACGACCUCCUGUUCCGGUUCCGACGAGUGCUCAACCUCGACACCGACGAUCAGCAGGUUUCCUUGUCGACAGCUACGAAUGGCGUUUGGUGAUGGACCUGCUGUGGAGCGACCCGAAGCGCAGGGAAGGUUGUGGACCCAACGAGUACCGGGGCGGCGGGUCCUAUUUCGGGCCUGACGUCACCACUGCGAUCCUCGACAGAUACGGACUACGACUCCUCAUUCGCUCCCACGAGUGCAAGCCUAACGGAUAUGCCUUCUGUCACGAAGACAGGUGUUUGACAGUAUUUUCAGCAUCGAACUACUACGAGAUCGGAUCCAACAAAGGAGCAUACGUACAACUUCUGGGGUCUCAUCUCCGACCCCGAUUUUUCCAGUUUUCUGUUUCGACCUCACUCAUCAAUGUCGACCCAACUUCGACACUGACGUCAAAUUCUCUGCUGCCUGACAGUAUUCACGCCUCUAGACGUGGUAUGCGAAGGAAUCAAACGGCCACUAUGCGACACCAAGUCGGAAAGGCCGAAACGUCUGCGAUGAAAGAACUUCGUCAGAAAAUCCGGGAGCACUCCGCCGAGAUAAAGGAUUUAUGCAACCAAUACGACUUUGACAAAACCGGGCGCCUCAACUUGUGUUUGUGGUGCAAAGCCAUGGAAAAAGGAACAGGCCUUACACUUCCAUGGAGAAUGCUGCGACCCAAGUUCGCCCCAGUGGAUCAAAAUGGGCUAGUGAUGUACGAGGUCAUGAAUUUCGACCAAAACACCAAAGAAACUGGGAAUCAGGGAGCUGUUGUCGAGUCCGUGAUACGAAAUCGUUCCAGCUUGGAAACGAUCUUCAAAAUAAUGGACGCGGAUAAUACAGGAGAAAUCUGCAUGGACCAGUUUGGCACCACCUGCGCCCUGCUCAGCGAGUACCUGCCGAACCCGAUCUCCCCGGACGCCAUGAACAGCCUGGCGAGGUCAAUCGACAUCAACGGCGACGGGGUCAUCACACUCGCCGAAUUCCUGGAUGCCUUCCAAAAGGUUGACGAGGCCCUGAGUGCGAAUCGCAAUUCAUCGUCGUCGACACCCGGGCCGCCAGCAGCUCCAGACGUCGACAACACGCUGACGGUGGUGCAAGAAGACGUCGAGUCGCAGCCGUCGACGCCGGAGCCCGUGACGGAGCCGUCGAGUCGGAAAAACAGCGGGCCGUCGAGGCGGUCGUCGGAGGCGGCCACGAUUGGGCGGAAGACGCCGUCGCCGGCGCCGCCGUCGAGGUCGUCGUCGGGCUCUGCGAGGCGGCGAAGGGAAUCCGGUCACCACCGUGUUUGA